UUAGCUAAAAUUUUCCCACUUUUUUACUGUAUAAAAUUCCAGUGGACCGACAACUCGACCAACCUCCAAGACCCGCCUUUGUUUUUUCCUUUCCCCUGUUUCAAACUUUCUAAGCUGAUCCAUAAUGCAAAUAAAAUGCAAUAUACACAAUUUUAUUCUAUACAUCUAUUGACGCUGUACAGCAAUAUCAGUUUUUCUAUAAGGUAAAUUCUUUAAUUAUAUAGUAUAUGUAAAUUCAGUUGGAAUUCAAGUAGAGAUUGGUCCUGAUUUAAGUAGAGAUUGGCAAUGGGAAUAAAGUGUUGUUGUUAAGAGAGAUGAAGAUGAAAGAUGGGACUUACAAGUCCACUGCAAGUUCAAUUGAGCAUCAGUUGACUAGUGAUCACAAGCUGAACCACCACCGGAAGAAAACAAAAUCUCCAGUGGCUGGAGCUAGGAGGAGGGUAAAGGGUGAAAGUGAGUCAGCCUUAGCCAAUCAUAUCUUGUUGAGCAAGUUUCAGAAUGAACCUUGGAAAGAAAUGGAAUUCAGAGGAGUUCAGGGUUUUAAUGGCGAGGCAAAGGUGACUACUGUCUCUGCCAGGAAGCUUGCCGCUCGCCUGUGGCAUUUGGCCGCGGAGUUCGGCGGCGGUAUGAUUCAUCCGCUCCCUUCUUGGAUACCAAUUCCUAAAUCUGUGAUGGAGGGAGCUACAAAGUGGAAUCAUGGCCACUUCAAAAUGUCCAGAGAAGUUAAUCAUUCCACCGGCCUUGUAAAGCUUUAUGAAAGUCAACGUACUGCUACUACCUCAGUUGCUCCUGCUUUACAAGUCGAACUAAUACGAGCAAGAAUUUGCGUUGAAGAGCUAGAAGCUGAAAGGACGCGAAUUAGAAAGAAAUUCAAACACCUUGUGAGGAAGCUGAACGAAGAAAGAACCUCAUGGAUAAGAAGAGAGUAUCAGAAGAUGCAUGCUGUAAUUGAUGGCUUAAAAGAAGAAUUGAGAAGAGAAAGAAGAAAUUGUAAACAGUUGAAUAUUGUUAAUUCCAGAUUGCUGGUUGAUCUAGCUGAUUCGAAGUUAUCUGCCCGAAAAUAUAUGCAUGAUUAUGAGAGAGAGAGAAAAUCUAGAGAGUUGCUGGAGGAUGUGUGUAAUGAGUUAGUCAAGGAGAUUGAAGAAGACAAAGCUGAAAUUGAAGCAUUAGAGAAUGAAGGUGCCAGACUUGGGGAGGAAGUGGAAGAAGAGAGAAGAAUGCUGCAACUGGCUGAGGUUUGGCGCGAAGAACGGGUUCAAAUGAAGCUGAUUGAUGCAAAGCUAAUUUUAGAAGAAAAAUAUUGCCUGAUGAGUAAUCUUAUGUCAGAACUUCAUAGCUUUUUGAGAUCUAACAAUGUAACUGUGAACAUGAAUGACUUAAGCGGAGUGCAAGUGGUCAAGCAGGUUGUUGACUCAUUGAACAUCCAAGAAAUAAAGGAGUUCUCUUCUAGCGAUCCAAUAUCAAAUGACAUAUAUACACCUAAUGAAAGUUCUAUUAUCUGUGAAGCUACAAAAUUUGGAACUAAUAAGUGUGCUGAUUAUAGUACUCCUUGCCAUUCUUCUGCAAUCCAAAUUGUUGGUACUAAGAGUAGAAAUGGUGCUCUGAACACCAGCAGUGAAUGUUUGAAUGGCUUUCUUAAUCAUGACGAGAGUUGCAAAGAUGCAAGUGGUAGGGAAACAGUGACCCGUGCUGAAGAUCAGUUUUCGAAUUACACUAUUGGUGAAACUGAGCAUUCUGUCAAUGGUAUUGACCGAAGCAGAUAUCUUUUAUGUGGCAAAGUGAAUCAUGAGCAAGAUACUGGUCAAUUGGGUUCUCUGGAUUUUGAGACCAGAGAAAUCUCCUCGGUAUUACCAAAGAAAUCAAAGAAGAGAGGAUCCUCUUUUCGCAAGCUUUGGAGAUCCUCACUGUCAAAUGAUGACUUCUGCAAGACGAUCUCAUUCGAUGACAGUGGAAGACUUUCAAAUGGAUCAACAUCUAAUGUGGAUCUUAUUUUGUCAGAGCGUGUACCAGCUGAAAGGGCACUAGCCUCCUAAGAUUUUGUGAAUCAUUGCUGCUCAGUUUGCCUAAGAAAUCCACAUACCGCUCGAGCCGUGAAAGGAUGUAUUGAAGGCCACGGGGAGUCUCAAAGUAUGGUUUGAAGUCCAAGCUUUUGGAAGCAAGAAUUGAAAGCCAAAAAUCGCAAUUGCGCGCAAUGUGCUUAAACACAUGAAUUAGGUGGAGGGACGUCUUCAUUUUGCUGCUUCUUUGAGGUAAUUGUACAAAUUUCAUGAAUAUCAUGAACUAGUAGUUGACUCACAUGGGGCGGUGGAGAGCAGCUGAACCUGUUUUAUCUCUUCAUAGCUGCUUGUUAAGUAUUUCUACGACAUUCAUCUUUUAAAUGAACUCCAGAAUAUAUAUUCAUAUACGAUGUUUUUGCCUUGUAUAUGCCAUCAUCCAUUGCAUAAAAUAUGGCAUUUUAAUCCUGUCAUUAAUGAACUAAAGAGCUUAAAUGUAUAGUUUGUGUACGUAGAAGUCAAUAUAAAACAAGAGAUUUAUUUCUAUU